GGGGGUGGAGGACAACUGAAUGGAGGCCAGUGGAGGGAUUGGCAGAGGGGGGUGGAGGACACUGAGUGGAGGCCAGUGGAGGGAUUGGCAGAGGGGGGGGUGGAGGACACUGAGUGGAUGGCCAGUGGAGGGAUUGGCAGAGGGGGGUGGAGGGACACUGAGUGGAGGCCAGUGGAGGGAUUGGCAGAGAGGGGUGGGAGGACACUGAGUGGAGGCCAGUGGAGGGAUUGGCAGAGAGGGGGUGGAGGACAUGAGUGGAGGCCAGUGGAGGGAUUGGCAGAGGGGGGUGGAGGACACUGAGUGGAUGCCAGUGGAGGGAUUGGACAGAGGGCAGAGGGGGGUGGAGGACACUGGAGUGGAGGCCAGUGGAGGGAUUGGCAGAGAGGGGUGGAUGGACACUGAAUGGAGGCCAGUGGAGGGAUUGGCAGAGGGAGGGGGUGUGGCAGAGACGGAGCGGUUGGAAAGGAUGGACUGAAGCGGGGAAUAGCCUGUGGUGAGGCAGGCCUUGAGGAGGGAGUUGCAGUAGUCGAGUCGUGAUAUGAUGAGGGAGUGGAUGAGCUG